AUGGACGAGCUGCAAGGAUUGGUUUCGAGGCGGUUUCAGUUGUUCACUCAGCUGGUGAUGUGGACCAUCGAACUGCAAAAGUUGGAGGCGUGCCUGGCAGAUGCUGUUCCUGACGGUGCGUCUGAGGACAGCGACUUCAAUGCCAUAUUGAUGCAACUCAUGGCAAAGGAUAUGAGGCGUGUGGAUGGCAUGGAUGAGAACUUGACAUUCCUCAAGCAGCAGGUUGAUGAGGUGGACGUUAUCCUUAGCGUUGUGAACUCUGAGAUGAGGUCCGUAAGGAGCGACUUUGACCAGAAACUGAGCGCAGCGAUGCUCUCGAAGAUGGACCAUCACAAAGCAGCUGAGAUGCUUGAAGGUUCUGGGUCCAAAGACGUCCAGGACCUUGAGGAGAAGGUGAAACGCUUGCAGGAUAGUCAGCAGCAGAGCAUGCUGAAGAUUGCUGGGCUCCGGUCUGCACAUAAGCACGCUGAAGCCCAGGCGAACUUCGCCCUGGAGAAGUUGAAGAGGCUCCAACUUGAGGUUGGAAGCAUUGUCGACCAGGUGGUCACGCAGCAGACACGGCUGGACUAUUUGCUGGUGCACGGUGCAGCAAUCCAACAUGACAAAGACAGUGGCUUCAGGUCCAUUGUGUCUGUCGGAGCUGGAGAGAAGGACAAGGGUGACAAGCCGAGGAAAUCACUGAAGGGUGGAGCAACGAUGCCAACGAGGCAGUUCGAGAAGACAAAAACAGAAGGUGCUGAUGCUGUUAGUCCUGAUGCCAAAUUGGAUGCCUCUGAUGAGGUCAAUGCUGCGCGUAUUGCCAAGAUGGGAAGGAGGCUCUUAGAGCUCGACUCAGAGGUGAACCGAACGGUGCAGGAGCUCCGAGGUGAUCUCCAGGCGACAAACAAAACUUUGCUCGCCUUCUUGGAGCUUCUGCCUCGUCGUUUGAGAAGGAUUUUGCAAAGACAGCUAUUUCCGGAGCCUGCUGAGGAGGACGAGAUCAAGGUGGAGUUCAAAGCUGGAAGUGACGGAACAGAUGCUGGCAAGCGACACGUGAUGUUUGACGAAAAUGUGGAGACCCGCACCUUCACAGUGGAGGAGCAAGAUAGCCGUCUCCCCUGGCAACUCGCUGGUGAGCCAGACAUCAAGUGGAGCUGGUGUUAUAAACCACGAGAUGAGAUGGGCCGUGACUUGGCCAUGUGCCUCGAGAAGUUUGAGACCGACCGGGACGACUUCGAAGCGAAGAUCAUUCAGUGGCUUCAAACCGGUGGUGCCACUCCGCCACCCAUGCCAAAAUCACAAGCCCCUGCAUGGAAUACUCUACGUGACUCAGAUGCCAUUGUGGCCAACUUCUCAGAAGACUCCGGGGUGAUGAUGCCACAGAUGAUGCAUUUGGAAGAGCGUCUCGAGAGGCUUGGAAGUGACAUGUUCAACCUCAGGAGGGCGCAGGACAAUGAUCACGUCCAGAAAGCAGACCGGGAGGAGCUUCAGCAGUUACUGGCGCGUUUUAAAUUCUUCGAGAAGCUCAACAUUCCAGAUUUGAAGAUUCGCAUCGAGUCCCUGGAGGGUGACACCAAGUUCACAGCUCAGAACCUUGCAGACUUCUCUGAGAAGCUUUACAAGGUAGAAGCUGUGGCGGUUCCCCGUACUGAGCUCACCAAGGUGCAGAAAGGCUUUGAUGAGUUGAGGUCGGAUCAUCAAGCUAUGAAGGUCGAGCUAAAGGAAAUGUCCGCCACAACAUACAAUGCCAACCGCAAGUUUGUCCAUGAGUUGGGGGAGGCAAAGGCCUGGACACAGCAGGCGAUCACGGGCCUUCAGAAGCAGAAGGCGGAUGCGCCCGACGUGGCGCAGUUGUCCGAGAAGGUGGGAAAGCUAGAAUACUCGAUCAAGGACAACCGACGCAUCCUUGGAGAUCUUGGUGGACAGGAAAUCAGUGCCGUAGUUCGCCGGAUCAUCUUAAAUCUGGAGGAUAAGAUCAUGGUCUUAGAGAAGAAAAUCGAUGCAAUCUCCGAUGCAAGACGAAAGGACUCUUUCCGAAGCAUCCAGGAAGCUUCGCCAGUCCACCAAUCCAGCUACCAAUCCACCGAGAUGCAGGAGGCAGCUGUCCAGUCCAUCAGUGAGGAGCUCUCUGUCAUGACUGAGGCGGUUUCAAAACUGAAGGAGGAUAUUUCGGUCAGCAAGGUGCACAUUGACGAGAUGACCCAGCAGGGACAGCAGAAUUUGGAGCUGGCCAGUCGCUUGCACGUCUUGGUGCAGAGCACGGCCUUAGAAGGAAUGGAUGAUGAGGGGACAUCAUUGUCACUUACACGCGUUCAGGUGAUGAUUGCAGCCGCUGCACGGCAGCUGGUGGCUGGAAGUAAAUGGAUCACUAAAGAGACCUUUGAUGGGCGUUUGGAGCAGAUCAGAGGGGAAUACUGCAAGGAGAUCCGGCAGCUGCAGGGAAGAUUGGAUGAGAUCAGCAACAAGGCUCAGACGAACAUGGCCCCGGUCGUGACCGUGCCGGUUGCUGCCAAGUUGCCGAAGAUGAUUUUCCAGAGAGUUCCCAACCAGGUUCCAUCAGAGGCUGAUCGACUGGGCACUGCUCCAGCCAAUCUGGUUCGCCCGCCAGUUCUGAUCCAGCCGAUGAGCGCCCGAGCGGGUGCCCGACCAGCCACAGAAGGAAGGCCUCGUGGACGUCAAGGACAGUGA